AUCGCUCUUUUUACAGGAGUCAUCAAUAUUAAAGCAGCCGAAAACAUGAAGACAGAAGUCUCUACGGCUACUGACUUCGUUACCAGUCUGGUCAGGAUGACUGGCCUUCUUACUGAAGAUCGUCUUCAUCACUUUAGCUUUUCCCUGCAGAAGACGCUACUUGAUUACUAUGAGAAACACUGGUUUCUCCAAGACCCUUGCAGAGGGUCCAGCUACAGGUGCUUGCGGAUAAACCACAAAAUGGACCCUUUGAUAAACAAAGCUGCCCGGGCUGUUGGCAUUACAAAGGAGGAACUUUUUGUCUUGCUUCCAUGCAAGCUGACAGUGUGGGUGGACCCGCACGAAGUGUCUUAUCGCAUCGGUGAAAAUGGAUCCAGUUGUGUCCUUUAGGAGUUCUUAUCACCUGCCAUAGACACUGCAAAAGUUCAAGAAGCCAGUUGUAAUGAAAAACGAAGAACUUCUGAGUGCUUCAGUAUGAUGAAGUUAUU